UGGAAGACCACCUUCUCUGGCAGAUGGAGACACGGUGCAAACUACUCAAGAACGGUACAACCAGUACAACAGGGUUGAAUACGUUUGUCAAAGUAACUACAUUAUGGUGGGUGGGCCUUACAAAAUCUGCAUUGAUGGUGAAUGGGCUGGAGUGAUUAGAUGCCUCGACGCAACGUGCAAAGUGAAAGUGCCACCACUGGUAGGAACGCGAUAUGAACCAUCUGGCAAAAGUGUUUUUUCUCCUGGUGAAAGAGUGAGAGUUAUUUGUGCAGAGAAAUACUUCAUUUUCAACCGUCAGACGGCCUCAGCAGAGAUUCUUUGUAACGACAUGGGAUCCUGGGAGCAUAGACCACUAUGUGAAGAGAUCACAUGCAGCCGUCCCGACAGCCAACUUUUAGAUUACUGGGGUGGAGGUUGGUAUCUUAAAAGAGCGGGUGACACUGCAACUUAUAGGUGUAUAUCAGGCUACAAGAGCACGAAUGGAGUUGAUCGGGCCACAUGUGCCAGAGAUGGAUGGACACCAAACCCACUUUGUCAAGAGAUAACAUGCAUGACACAGGAUUACCCAAAUGCUAUUAUUGGUGGAAUAAUUAAGCCAGUAUACAAGUACAAUGAUCAGGUCAGGUAUAUCUGCAAGAGUGAUCAUACCCGAUAUUUUACUCAAACCUGCACGGACAAAGGAUUGUGGAGGGGAUCUGUUCACUGUCCAGACAUUGGCUGCUCAAAACCUGUCAUUAAAGAUGUGGACAUUAUUGAAAAUGACAGGAGGGAGCGUUACAGUCAUGGUGAGCGUGUUGCAUGCAGGUGCAGUCACGGUGCUAGAGAAACUUUUACUGUUACCUGUGAUCAAGGUGAAUGGACGGGGAUUAAAAGCUGUUCAGGUUGUGGAGAACUUUCUGUUGAGCAUGGAUUUGGGGUUCAUCCAAAUGCAACAGUGCCAUUAGCGUACUACACCUGUGAUGAGGGUUACAAGCUUUUCACCAAAGGCUGGUGGGCUGAAGCCAAAUGUAAUGAUGGUGAAUGGUCUAAACUUGACCAAUGCAUUGAGCAAAGCCAAUGUGGAGAAGAACCCGUGAUUCCUAAUGGGAAGGCAAUACGUCGAGAGACCAGACAAGGACCUGUCCAAACUUUACAGAUCACUUGUGAUGCUGGAUACUCGGCUUCAAUCGCUCAGUUAAGGUGUCAAGAAGGACAGUGGAAUUUAGAAUUACCCCCUGAAGAAAUCUGCAAACAUAAUCCUGAUCUCUGUGGUCCCCCUCCUAAAGUUGAGAAUGCUGUUGUUUCGACGCCAUAUCAGAAGGAAUACUUGUCUACCUCUGAAGUAACUUAUCAGUGCUGUGAUCAGCAUAGGAUCCAGGGAGAAGACACAAUUAGAUGCAGAGACGGAGAAUGGGAGAGGAAGGACAUUAAGUGUAUCCCAUUCUGUGGGAAGCUUAAAGACAAGAUGAAAACAAUGACUUUCUCAAAAAGUAAAGAAAGGUAUGUGACUGGAGAGGUCAUCAAUUAUCGGUGCGUCGUACCUGAGCCAAUAGCUCGAGGCACUGCAAUAUGUGAGAGCGGCACAUGGAUUAAAACAGUGGAAUGUAAAGUGAAACCAUGUCCGACUCCUAAUAAUAUUAAUGGUGGCCGGCAUGCCAUCAUUAAGGGUGAAGGCUAUGUUUAUGGAACAGCUGUGAAAUACACAUGCAAUGAAGGGUAUCGAAUGGAGGGUCAGCACACUUUGAAGUGUACGCUGGAUGGUUGGGACAAGAUCGAGCCACGUUGUGAAAGAGUCACGUGUCAAGUUGGUUCAAUAACCCCUGGUUUUGCGGCACCACGAAUAGGUGAAAUAGUGACAGCUGGAGAGAGCUUGGUGUUCAGCUGCAGAGAUAACUAUGACCUGGAAGGAGAUGGAGAAGUCGAAUGUUUAGGAACUGGAGAGUGGAGUGGCCCCUUUCCAACCUGCUGUAAGAAAUGCCAAGUCCAGAAUGUGCCAUCCACUGUAAACUACACCCCACGAGUACAAACCCUAAGUAAAGGAGAAACAUUAACAUUUUCUUGCAAAAAUCAACAACACUUGAUUCAAGGGAGUUCAACUGUUGAAUGUUUGGAAAAUGGAGAGUGGAGUAAAACUUUUCCGAGUUGUGGAGCUUCUUCAUAUUGUGGAAGACCACCCCCUCUGGAAGGUGGAGACACAGAGGAAGCUACUCGAGAUCAGUACAACCGGUACGACAGGGUUAAAUACGUUUGUCAAAGUUUCUACACUAUGGAGGGUGGGCCUUACAAAACCUGCAUCAAUGGUGAAUGGACUGGAGACAUUAGAUGCCUCAAACCCUGCACGUUGGAUCAAGACGCCAUGACCAGGCAUAAUAUUAGAUUCAAGUAUUCAUAUCAAAAUAAGCUGUAUUCAACCCACAAUGAUGAAAUUGAGUUUGUGUGUACCAGGGGAAGACCUGUUGGUGGAGUCGGAAUGCGUCAGAGGUGUCUUCAUGGUGUUAUUGAGCUGCCCACUUGUUAUUGAGUAAAACUUUUUUUGUCAGCUGAAUGUCAUAGACAUGUUUGACAAGAGUGAAGAAUUAGUCCAGCUUUGUACUGCGCUGCUGUGUAAUUGAAAUAAAAGAACAUAUAUUCUCUCUG